AUGAACCGUGCGCGCAAUGUGCGGCUGUUGGUACUUGGAAAUGGUGCACCAGGGGCCGAGAAGCAAGCAAUAGCACUGGGAAAAAGGUUGGGUCAUAAUCUACUAAAACAUACGCUUUUGCACAGAUCUCAUGUGCUCUGUCCACCCGUCGAGUGUGUACGUGUGACGCUGGAAAAUUCGUGUCUACUUUCUCCAUUGCUACAGAUUUUUGGUGCUCGUCUCACUGGGAAUCCACUCUUUGGCUAUGAAAAACAUGUAACAAACCAGUUGUUUCCAGUGCAACCGUCUGUGCGAGAUCUGAAUGUUGUUAUUGGAUGUGGGAGAAGCACGGUAUCAUUAUGUGCCGUGAUGAAGCAGCUGGAACCUCAAAGGACCUUUAACGUGCAGAUCCAGCACCCGCGUGUGCCACUCACGUGGUUUAACGCUGUCAUAGCACCUAGACAUGAUUUCCCACGAGGUGAAGGUGGUGUGAGCAAUCUGUUCCUUACGUCGGGAGCAGUGCAUGAUAUUACACCGGAAAUGUUACAGCAACAUGGCCGUGAAUGGUGUCAAGAACUUGAUGAGAAGUUACGAGGUCGACAAAAGCGCGUGGUGUGGCUGCUGGGAGGACCUUGUCGUGGUUUUGCAUUCAUAGAAAGAGAUGCAGAAAGAAUGGUAGAGGAAUUGGUGCGAGCACUUUCAUGCGACGAUGAGGUGGCACUGUUGGUGACAUUUUCACGGCGGACACCAAAGAAUGUGCAAAAGGUUGUUCGUCGUGAACUCAAAAUAAGGUUUCCAAUACCUGGACAACUUCUUUUGUGGGAAGGUACUGAACGUCGCAAUCCGUACUAUGCGCUGCUGUCCACGGCAUCCUGCAUUGUCACAACUCCUGACUCCAUUUCCAUGACUACGGAAGCCAUUGCGUCAGGAAAGCCGGUGUUCACGAUUGGCCUCGAGACUUGCACGGGUAAAUUCCUGCGGUUCCACGAGUAUCUGUUCAAGGCCAAAGCUAUGACACCCUUUACACCAGAUGCCGUAACAGCCCUCCUGCGACACGACAUCCAGAACAACAAUGCAUUAUCUGCUGCCUUAAAUAACGAGAUCUCUACGAUCGUCGAUGCCAUCACUAAAGACAUCCACCGCACAUUGGAACAUAUUGAAACUACUACAUAA